GCAGCGGCGGAGCUCCGGGGCUUCAGAGUCGCGCGCGGCCCAAGGUGAGGUUCUUGGCCGGCCUCUGAGAUGAUGGGACUUGGGAACGGACGCCGUAGCAUGAAGUCACCUCCCCUUGUGCUGGCUGCCUUGGUGGCCUGUAUCAUCGUCUUGGGCUUCAACUACUGGAUUGCAAGCUCUCGGAGCAUGGAUCUUCAGACUCGAAUUAUGGAGCUAGAAGGCAGAGUCCGCAGGGCUGCUGCAGAGAGAGGAGCUGUGGAGCUGAAGAAAAAUGAAUUCCAGGGAGAGCUGGAGAAGCAACGGGAGCAACUCGACAAAAUCCAGUCCAGUCACAAUUUUCAGAUGGAGAGUGUCAACAAGUUAUACCAGGAUGAAAAGGCAGCUUUAAUAAAUAAUAUCACCACCAGUGAGAGGCUGAUCAGAACCCUUCAAGACGAGUUAAAAACCCUGCAGAAGAAUUAUGGCAAACUGCAGCAGGAUGUCCUCCAAUUUCAGAAGAACCAGACCAACCUGGAGAGGAAGUUCUCCUAUGACCUAAGCCAAUGCAUCAAUCAAAUGAAAGAGGUGAAGGAGCAGUGUGAAGAGCGAAUAGAAGAAGCCAUCAAAAAGAAUGUAGCUUUCAGAGAACUGAAUGAAAAAGAAAAACAGCAGCUCCAAGAGCCCAGUGAAACCCCACCCAGGCUGCAGGAAGCAGGCCCACCCCAAACCAAAGGAAGGGUGCCUGCCAAUGGUGAGCCCCAAACACCAGCCCCCAGCUUUGAGGUGCCUCUGGAUUUGAAGAGACAAGGCACAGAGGAAACCAACAAGAUUCAGGUCAUCAGCAAGGACAGUCUGGGACUGCCGCCAGAGCUGGGUCAGGGACCAGACAAGUCAGAAGGGAGAACUAUGGACAGACAGGGCAUUGAAGAAGCUGGAGACACUGGUCGGAUCUCACAGAUGUCAGUCACCUUCUUGGCAAGCCAGGAAAAUGAGGUGAUAGAGGAACCUGAGCGGGACCAGCUGAUCAUUCGUGAUGGGCAGGAGGAGCCAGAAGCUGAUGAAGAGGGAAGGAACCAGAAAAAAGUGGGAGACGAUGAUUAUAACAUGGAUGAAAAUGAAGCUGAAUCUGAAACAGACAAGCAGGCAGCUCUUGUGUGGAAUGAUCAAAAACUAAAUGUUCUUAAAGUCGAAAAUCAGGAAAACAUAAAUUUACUUGAUCAGCAUGAAAAGAGGAAUCACACAAUCUAA